UCCGCCCGCCCGCCCUCGGCGCAGCUCCGCGAUGCUGUCCCGCUCCCGCUGCGUGUCCCGGGCUUUCAGCCGCUCGCUCUCCGCCUUCCAGAAGGGGAACUGCCCUCUGGGGAGACGCUCCCUGCCCGGGGUCUCCUCAUGUCAGGGACCAAGUUGCCCCGACAGCAGGAAGAUUGUCAUUAACAGCAGUAGUGUCUUCAGCGUUCGCUUCUUCAGAACUACAGCUGCAUGCAAGGAUGAUGUGAUUACAGUAAAAACCCCAGCGUUUGCAGAGUCUGUCACAGAGGGCGAUGUCAGGUGGGAGAAAGCUGUUGGAGACACCGUUGCGGAAGAUGAAGUGGUUUGUGAGAUUGAAACUGAUAAGACGUCUGUACAGGUUCCGUCACCGGCCCAUGGCGUGAUCGAAGCUCUUUUAGUACCUGAUGGGGGGAAGGUCGAAGGAGGCACUCCUCUUUUCACACUCAGGAAAACUGGUGCUGCUCCUGCCAAGGCCAAACCAGCUGAAGCCCCUGCUGCGGCCCCCAAGGCAGAGCCUGCAGCAGCUCCUCCGCCUCCUGCAGCACCCAUACCCACUCAGAUGCCUCCGGUGCCCUCACCUUCACAGCCUCCUUCUAGCAAACCAGUGUCUGCAAUAAAACCUGCUGCUGCCCCUUCGCCAGCUGACACAGGACUGCGUUCAGAACAUCGGGAGAAAAUGAACAGGAUGCGGCAGCGCAUUGCCCAGCGUCUGAAGGAGGCCCAGAAUACAUGUGCAAUGCUGACGACUUUCAAUGAGAUUGACAUGAGUAACAUCCAGGAGAUGAGAGCCCGGCAUAAAGAGGCUUUCCUGAAGAAACACAACCUCAAACUCGGCUUCAUGUCGGCAUUCGUGAAGGCCUCGGCCUUUGCGUUGCAGGAGCAGCCUGUCGUCAAUGCAGUGAUUGAUGAUUCAACCAAAGAGGUGGUGUACAGGGAUUAUAUCGACAUCAGUGUUGCAGUGGCCACCCCACGGGGUCUGGUGGUUCCUGUCAUCCGGAAUGUGGAAACCAUGAAUUAUGCUGACAUCGAACGAACUAUCAACGAACUGGGAGAAAAGGCCAGAAAGAAUGAACUUGCCAUUGAAGACAUGGAUGGAGGUACUUUCACCAUCAGCAAUGGAGGCGUUUUUGGCUCACUGUUUGGAACGCCCAUCAUCAAUCCCCCUCAGUCUGCCAUCCUGGGCAUGCAUGGCAUCUUCGACAGGCCAGUGGCCGUGGGAGGCAAGGUGGAAGUGCGGCCCAUGAUGUACGUGGCAUUGACCUACGAUCACCGGCUGAUUGAUGGCAGAGAGGCCGUGACUUUUCUCCGAAAAAUCAAGGCAGCGGUAGAGGAUCCCAGAGUCCUCCUCCUGGACCUUUAGGAGGAAGCCACAUGCCCUACAAAUUGACCACACAGGAACUGAGAACCACUCUUCUCCCAGUCCCCUCGGGGUCCUGGGUUAGCCUGGGGACAGGCAGGCACAUGCUGUUGGCCUCAAGCAGGGAAGCCAGGGCGCUGUGUCAACCGGCAGGUCUUGUCUUGGUUUCCUGCCAGGCUCUCUCCCUCUCUGCUCAGUCCUCCCACCCUCACAUAGCAGCUGUCCUAAGGCUCGUAGGGAGCGAGAGAGCCGGCCUGGAUGCGUAGUGACUCUCCUGCUGGCCUCCCAGCAGCCCUCUGCAGAGAUGCCUCAUCUCCCCCCAGUGCCAGGGUGCUGGGGGAGUCCCUGGGGACCACGGAAUUGCAGGUCUUAGAAGCUGCUUUCCAGAGACAUCCGGGGGGCUGCCGUGCCCCGGCGCCCAGGGCAGCCACUGUCCUGGCUCUGCAGAGGUUGUGGAUGCAGCUGGGAAGGGCUGCUUUGCUUCUUCAGUGGCACCCGCAUUCUCAGCUGCGGUUGAUUGUCAGCUGCCUCUUCUACCUCUUGCAGGAAGCACAUGCCAGGGACUCGCAUGUGGGAGGAGUGGGCAGGGUUUGGGGGGGGGUCCCUAUGUUGGAAUCAGGGUGGGAGCAGCCCCGGGCUGGCCCUCACAUUGUCAUAGGCCCAUGCCAGGAAAAUGGGUUUGGGCACAAUCACAACCUCACUCAAGCCAACCUUUCCUGAUCCCUUCCCAGGCUGCUGGGACCCAUUUGGGCAUACUUAGAGCAGAUUCUGGCAUGUCCUGGCCAUGGGGCAGAUUGUGGGCCAAAGGAGGCCCUGGCAGAGCCAGGGGAGGGCAGGCAUUCCCUGGAGCACCGCCAGCUAACUGGGCGGGUGGGCGAGUGGACUGACAAGGCCCUGCUCUUCCCACUUUGGCCCAGGGCAAGUGGGGGGUCUGCACUCUGCAGGGCGGGAUGGGAGUAUGGGAGUAUGCAGAAGACAGGCGGGGGGCCCAGCUUCAGGUGUUCAUGUUCCCUGGUGAAAUGCUGAUGGCGUCUCUGGGGAGCUGUCCUGUGGGUCUGGGCACAGUCAGAAGAAUUCCUUGGAGCAUGGUAGAAGCCAUGGGGCUCUAUGACUGUCACCAGCUGCAUUUAGGUCUGAGGCUGCUGACCCUGGCCACUGGGCUGUUGCUUAGUGCAGACUGCCCUUUUGUAUCUUGAACCAAGAAACAAGACCUGGGGGUGGGGGGAGGGGUGGGAUGGGGGUGCCAGUACUGAGUGCCUGCAGCAUCUACUACUCUGUCUCCACUGCUCAGAACUUGUAACUAAAGUAUUUAAAGAAACGGAUUUUGAAUGAAAAUUAAAGGGCAAAUAUUCUCAAACAA